UUCUGCAGCAUUCAUCAUUCGCACCUCUUUCUUCUCUUACUGAAACUUUUCUCUUUAUUCUCUGUUGUGUUAGUCUCCAGUGUUAUCAGAGGUUUCGAAUUUGUGAGUAGGGAACAUAAAAAUGUCGGACGGCACUGCAACCUGUGUAGAUAUCAUAUUGGCUAUAAUCCUCCCUCCGCUUGGAGUUUUUCUCAAGUUUGGAUGCAAGGUGGAGUUCUGGAUCUGUCUCAUACUGACGUUAUUCGGAUACAUCCCUGGAAUCAUAUACGCUGUUUAUGCCAUCACCAAGUGAAUUAAACUGUGAAAAAGGUGAAGAGUUGUGGAAAUGAUCGAGAUCGUAUGGUUGGUUGCGGUGAUCGUGGGAGUCCGUUAGGUUGUUAGUGACUUGGGUUUCAUUUGCAUAGGAUUUUCUGGGUGACGGUGGUUCCACCAUCUCUGUCACUGGGUAGUGGUGUCCUUUGUGUAUGGGUGCGUGGGUUUAUGUUGUGUAAUUACAUUGUGAGUUACCUUGUCGUGAAGAUGGAUCAUUGAUUGAUUAUGCUUUAGGGUUUUCUUUUAUUGUUCAUGUGGUUCGAUGUACUUUGCUUUUAGAUCUGGGUAACUUUAUUCCGUCGGAAUUGGAAUCUGGA